AUGGCUGAGCGACCGCCCUCGCAGCAAGAAUCUGAUACCCCUACUCCCUUCACUGCGGACCCCGACAAAGACAAGGUCAAUCGAGAUAUUCCGCCAGUAUUCCCUCUCCUGAACAACGACGAGACGGCGAACGCCCUGUCCUCCGAUGCAGCUGCGCAGAGCCGAGCCGGUGAAGACGAUGCCGACGAAGAACCGGCAGUUGCGAAGCCUUUCAUGCGAACGUCUAGCCCGGACUCGGCGGCGCGAGUCGCAGAUGCAUACGAUGAAAAGGGAUUCGAUCGGCUAGACCGCAAGAUGCACAAAUUCAGCCUGUACGAGACCGCCACUCGCUACUAUAUCGUCGGCGGGGAUGUAACCGAGCGUCGCUAUCGCAUUCUGAAAAUCGAAAGGACCACGGACGACUCAGAACUGAGCAUCACCGACGAUAAGAUCAUCUACAGCCAAAAGGAGAUGAACCAGCUGCUGGACACGAUUGACGAUGGCAACAAGGGAACUGGUGGCAUCAAGUUGCGGUGCACUACAUGGGGCUUGCUUGGCUUCAUCAAGUUCACUGGCCCCUACUAUAUGCUUUUGAUCACGAAGAAGAGCACAGUUGCCAUGAUCGGCGGGCACUACAUCUACCAAGUCGACGGUACUGAGCUGGUACCAUUGACCCCGACACGUUUCAAGGCUGACGUCCGGAACACCGAGGAGUCUCGAUUCCUGGGCAUUCUCAACAACUUGGACCUGACCAGAUCGUUUUAUUAUAGCUAUUCCUACGAUAUUACGCGCACACUGCAGCACAACCUGACGAGGGAGCGUGAGGCGCUUGCAUGUGGGCUGCCAGGUGCUAUGGAUGAUUUCAAUGGCAUGUUCGUUUGGAACAGUCACCUUCUUCAGCCGGCGAUGAAGGCCCUCAAGGAUCCAUUUGACUGGUGCCGUCCUAUCAUACAUGGCUACAUCGACCAAGCGGCACUUUCGAUAUAUGGACGCACCGCUUACAUUACCAUUAUUGCACGGCGAUCACGUUUCUUUGCGGGUGCAAGAUUCCUCAAGCGAGGGGCCAACGACCUUGGUUAUGUCGCCAAUGAUGUUGAGACGGAACAAAUUGUUUCGGAAGCUCUCACUACUUCGUUUCACGCCCCUGGACCCAGACUGUUCUCCAGCCCACAGUACACAUCUUACGUGCAACACAGAGGCAGCAUCCCUCUAUACUGGACCCAGGAUAACACGGGAGUGACGCCCAAGCCCCCGAUUGAGCUAAACCUAGUCGAUCCGUUCUACAGCGCCGCCGCUCUCCAUUUCGAUAAUCUCUUCGAGCGAUACGGUGGCCCUAUCUAUGUCCUAAACCUGGUCAAGGCGAGAGAGAGAACGCCACGAGAGUCUAAGCUAUUGCUGGAGUACACCAAUGCGAUCAACUACUUGAAUCAGUUCUUGCCGGAAGGGCGCAAGAUUAUUCACAAAGCCUGGGACAUGAGUAGAGCCGCGAAGAGUCGCGACCAAGAUGUGAUUGGUACGUUGGAGCGCAUUGCUGAAGAUGUGGUCACUACCACGGGAUUCUUUCACGACGGCGAUGGCAAAAUCAACCUCACCAAUGUCCAAAAUGGAGUAGCGCGGACCAACUGCAUCGACUGCUUGGACCGCACCAACGCAGCUCAGUUCGUCAUCGGAAAACGAGCACUCGGGCAUCAGCUCCACGCUCUCGGAAUUCUCGAAGACACAUCCAUCAACUACGACACGGAUGCCGUAAACCUCUUUACCCAUAUGUACCAUGAUCACGGCGACACUAUUGCGGUCCAAUACGGAGGUUCCCAGCUUGUCAAUACCAUGGAGACGUACCGCAAGAUCAACCAGUGGACCAGUCACUCCCGCGACAUGAUCGAGAGCUUCAAGAGGUACUACAACAACUCUUUCCUGGAUGGCCAGCGCCAGGAGGCAUAUAACCUUUUUCUCGGGAAUUACAUCUUUGCCCAGGGGCAGCCAAUGCUGUGGGAUUUGGCAACCGAUUACUAUCUCCAUCACGCUGACCCACGAGCAUGGUCCGAAAAGAUGAAGCGGGAUUACAUCGACUGGUUCACACCCGAUAACUUGCAGGAGCGCAAGUUCCCACCAUACACUCCGCCUCCCGGCGAGGCAAGGAAGAUGCCCGUUUCCUUCUUUGAUGAUUACUGGGUUGAGUACUACCGGCCAUCCACACUCUCAUCAUUUCUCAAGAUGUUUCCGUACAAGAUGAACUCAACCAUAAAGUACAUACCCUUCAAGUCCACCCAAGAUGGUCGCUACGAUCUGAGCCCCUUCAGAGUCAGGAACGAGACCGACAUGGAACCCCAUGAGAAGAAAAAGCCCAAGAAAGAGGUGACCAUCGUGGAUCCCCAAGACUAUCAUUCUCCGCCUGACAUGGAUGCCGCAUCUGUCAUAUCAGACCGCACGGCCGGGGGCAAGGGUAUAUCAAUUCAUCGCUGGCUCCAGCCAAUGCAGGAGAGGGUAGUCGGCCAUCAUGGCAUCAUGAAGGAGACACAAGCAGAGCCAUUGGGCUCUCCAAAGACGAAGCCCACAGCCCUGGAAAAAACUAAAGCAGCGCAGUGGACCUUUACCAAGGUGGUAAAAGAGUCCCUCAAUCCCUCCGUCAGCCAGCAAGAAGCCGAUGAUUACGAGCGCUACAUCAGUCAUCCGCAGAAUCUGCCUUUGGUUGUCUCGGCCGAAGUCCAGGCCGAGAACCAAUCGGAGUACCAAGCCUAUGUCCAGAGCAGUUGGCAGAGCGAGGCAAUCACCCCUGUUGGGAAUGAGGAAGAUGCCGCUGUCUAUGCCGAGCUUCUUAAGGUUGGGAGCAAUCCUCUCACCGUUACGGAAGAGGAUGCACAGAAGAAGCGAUACAAGGCUUACAGAAAAUGGCUUCGUGGAAAAUCCUUCUUCAAGCAGCAACCUCUUGACUGA